AUUGUCAAAAAAGGUACUCAACUGUCAAAGUCAAAAUCGAUAUCGAAGAGAAAAUGCGUUUGAUUCAAUAGUGCAAUAAUUCUAAGUUUUGGCGUAACAUCGCUAAAAAGUAUGCGUAAUUCAUAAAAUUGCAUGCUAAAGUUAUAAACCAUAAUCGUAAUUGUAUAACAGUAAAAAAAUGGCAAGUUCAGUAAUUCUAGCGGGGUUAGGUAUGGCAGCAGUGGGCUUCGCCGGCCGCUAUGUCUUAAGGCAGAUGCCCAAUGCCUCAUCAAAAUUUGCAGAAGCAAUGAAAAACUUACCAAAAUUUGAUGCGGAAAGUUUGGCCCAUUCUAAAUAUUACAAGGGAGGCUUUGAACCGAAAAUGACUAAAAGAGAAGCUGCAUUAAUUCUGGGUGUCAGUCCUACCGCUAACAAAAAUAAAAUAAGAGAUGCGCAUCGAAAGAUAAUGUUACUCAAUCAUCCGGAUAGAGGCGGCUCUCCUUUGAUUGCAGCCAAGAUCAAUGAAGCUAAAGACCUCUUGGAAAGUGGGAAGUCAUAAUGGCUACUUGUGCUUCAUAGUAGUGGUUACCUUGUGUAAAUAGAACAUCAAACAAUUAUAGAUAAAUGUAGUGAGCAGUUAUUGCUGGAGUUGCCUGGAAGAUUGUAGUUAAAUAUUUGUUACAUUGCUAUAAGGGUAAAAUAAAAAAUAAAAUUCAUUUGAACAUCUC